AUGUCUGAACAAGACAUUAAGCCACAUAUAUACAGUGAGUUGCGAAGUAAGCAUAAAUACGAAAUCGAUAUAUUUAAUGCAUUGUAUCAGUUGAAAACGGAAAAUGAAGAAGAUUUAAACUCAAUUUAUAAACUGAUCAAAACAGAAUUGAUUAAUUCAAAGAAAUAUCUCCCUACAAAUGCUAUCAAAGACAUUUUAAAUAUAAUUCCGUAUAAUAAUCGCUAUACAAAGUCAUUUUUAUAUCUUUCCAAACUGAUAUAUGAUGAUUAUCAUGUUACAGAGGUCAAAGAUGCUAAAUAUAUUUCAGACUUCCUGUUUUAUAAUGAAUAUGGUAUUCAAUUAGAUAUGUCUUAUGAUUUAAAAGAAUUAAAAAUAGAAAACAUCGAUAUUCAUUCAGAAAAUACAAUUUACAGAGCAAUUAUGUAUAAUGACAAAGAAAUAUUCAUUUCAAUCACUGAAACAGAAGGAUUUAACAAAAAUCAAACACUUAAAAGCAGUUUGUAUCCAUAUUCUGAAGAAGGAUAUUCAUUACUUGAAUUAUGCUGUUAUCAUGGAGCAGUUGAUUGCUUCAAGUUUUUAAGAACAAAAUUCAACUCAGAAAUAACUGAAAAAUGUCUAUAA